AUGGGUCAUUCUUCCUCUGAUGAAGCCAUUCUUCACUCUUGCAUAAAAUCAAGCCUUCUUCUUGAUCGCAGUCCAAUUCACUGUUCCUCUUCUCCGAAUUACAGAAUGUUAGAUAAUCUAUGUGAAGAGUUGAUGGUUGAAAUCUUGACAAGACUACCACCCAAAUCCCUCCUCCAAUUUAGAUCAGUCUCCAAAUCAUUACAUUCUUGUAUUGAUAGCCCCGGUUUCAUCCGCAGGCACACUUCUCGAUCCCCACAAAGACUCGCCUUCACACACCUUGUUGGACAUAACUACAUAAAAGAAUAUGGCGAUGACGUCUUUUGUACAUUACAUGCAGAAGACCAAUUGCCAUUGCGUGGAUACAUUGGUAUAACAGCAGUCAAGUUUCCACACAGAAAUAUCAAUAUUGUUGGUUCAUGUAAUGGAAUUUUGUGUCUGCUUGGUUGUAAAGAUGGUGUAAUUAGUCUAUGGAACCCUUCAAUUAUGCGCCAACUAACCCUGCCCGAUUGUCCCCGGAGAUGCAUUUAUGGAUUGGGGAUCGGGUUUGGUUUCGACCCAAUCACCGAUGAUAACAAGAUUGUGAGUAUACCCAUUAAUGGAAAUGGAAAAGGAGAAAGUUCAUUUGUUUACGCCUUGAAAACGGGCGCUUGGCGUCCUAUUGUUUCCCCUAUGCCUUUGUAUUCUAAAUCGUUAUCAAGGUCGGUUUAUCUCAAUGGGGUAUUGCAUUGGGUGGUAGGACGUUGUUUUCCUGAUUCAGAACAAGUAGAAGUUGGUUAUAUAAUGACAUUGGAUUUGAGGACUCAUGUUUUUGGCAUGAUUGCCUUGCCAAAACCUUGUUGGGAAACCCGAAGACUAGCAACCAUCCAAGGUUCUCUAGCUGUGAUUACUAUUGUUGGCGAUGAUAGUUGGGUUUGGGUGAGGAGAGAUGCAGAUGAUUCUUGGUCUGUGGUUCUUGAAUCGAGAGCAAAUCAAGUUGGAUUUGGGGUAACGAAAGUUUUGGAACUGAGCAACAGCGGUGAUUUGUUGCUGGACGAUGUCUCGGAUGGGUUCCAAGUUUAUAAUCCUAAGACAGGGGUGCGAUCAUUACUAGUGGACUUCAAUGAUACUUCUUCCUUAGUUAACAUGAAUAUGUAUGUCGAAAGCCUUCACUUGCUCCACAUGGGGACUGCUUGCGAGAUAAACCAUCUUUUCUUGCAGGAAAAAAAUAAAAAGAAACCCAAUUUAGUUACUUCUUUCAAAUCAAUAUCAGAGAAUGACUGUUUAGAUUAUUUAUUUCAGUAUUUUUAAAAUUUGUUUGUAAACCCUUUUAUUUAUGAAUAUGAGAUGUUGAGCGACUCGAUCAAGUUUAAUUAAUUUUGGAAGGAUCCUUGUGUAUCGAAAUCAUGGUGUAAUGGACAUGUA